AUGGAUACGGAUUUAUAUGACGAAUUUGGCAAUUAUAUAGGACCUGAAUUGGAUUCGGAUGAUGAAGAAGAUGAGGAUACUCUCGCUUCGAAUGCUCAAAAAUUGGAUGAUGAUGGGAAAGAGGAAGAGGAGGAUGAUGAGGCAAUGAAUGAUGAUAUCGACCAAAUAUCGUCUAAUCAAAUUGUAUUACAUGAAGAUAAGAAAUAUUACGCAACAGCAAUGGAAAUUUAUGGCGAGGACGUUGAAACAAUUGUGCAAGAAGAAGAUGCUCAACCUUUAACAGAGCCAAUUAUAAAACCCAUUAAACAACGAAAAUUUCAAGCACUCGAGCAUGCCUUACCAGAAACAACAUAUAAUAAGGAAUAUCUUGCUGAUUUGAUGGACUGUCCACAUGUUAUGCGAAACAUUGCAAUCACUACUUUCAUUGAUUGUUUAAUGGAACAAACACAUCCAGAAUUUGUUCGUGAUGAAGAUUCAGACACUCGUUAUACUGAUACUUUAUUUAUUGAGCAGCAACGUGGUUGCAGUAUUAAAGCUACACCAAUUACCAUUGUCAUGCAAGAUUCACGCCAAAAAAGCUUUUUGUUAAAUAUAAUCGAUACACCAGGACAUGUCAAUUUCUCUGAUGAGGUGACGGCAGCAUACCGCUUAAGCGAUGGCGCCUUAGUUGUGGUAGAUGCACACGAGGGAGUUAUGUUGCAAACGGAAAGAGCAAUUCGGCAUGCUGUACAAGAGCGGUUGCCGGUUACUGUCUGCAUAAACAAAAUUGAUCGGUUGAUGUUAGAGCUGAAAUUGCCUCCUACAGAUGCUUAUUAUAAACUUCGUUUUAUUCUGGAUCAAAUUAAUAAUUUGCUCCAAACAUUCAGCGAUGAAAAUGAACCAGUGAAAGUAUCACCUUUACUCAACAAUGUGGUUUUCGCUAGUUCUAGAUACAACAUAUGCUUUUCAUUACGAAGUUUUGCUGAAUUGUACGCCAGUACUUAUGGGACAUUCAGUGGAGAAGAAUUUGCAAAGCGUUUAUGGGGCGAUCAAUACUUCGACAAAAAGACUCGAAAAUUUGUGAAAAAACCACCACAUCAAGGGGCUUCACGAUCUUUUGUAGAAUUUGUUCUCGAGCCGCUUUAUAAAAUAUUUUCUCAGGUUGUUGGCGAUGUGGAUACAUGCUUGCCAUCGAUGAUGGCUGAACUGAAUAUUAAACUGACCAAGGAAGAACAGCGAAUGAAUGUACGACCACUAAUUGCUCUGAUUUGUCGUCGUUUCUUCGGCGACUUUAACUCUUUUGUCGAUCUUGUUACACAAAAUAUUAAAUCACCAUCGGAUAAUGCAAGCACGAAAGUGGAACAUACUUAUUUAGGACCGAUGGACAGCAAAUUGGCGCAAGCACUCAUGAAAUGUGAUGCUGAUGGUCCUCUAAUGGUUCAUACUACAAAGAACUAUGCAACAACUGAUGCAACAUCAUUUUAUGUUUUUGGCCGAGUUAUCAGUGGAACAUUACAUGCUGGACAAGACGUUCGAAUUCUUGGUGAGAAUUAUAGUAUUCAAGAUGAAGAAGAUUGUAGGAUUAUGACAGUGGGUCGCCUAUGGAUUAGUGUUGCAAGGUAUUCAAUGGAGGUAUCUCGUGUUCCAGCUGGAAAUUGGGUGUUGAUUGAAGGAAUUGAUCAGCCAAUUGUGAAAACAUCAACCAUAAUGCAAGUUGAAUAUGACGAAGAUGUUUACAUAUUCCGUCCUCUGAAAUUUAACACGAAGUCGGUUGUCAAGCUCGCGGUAGAGCCCAUUAAUCCUUCAGAGCUUCCGAAAAUGCUCGAUGGUUUGCGUAAAGUCAACAAAUCAUACCCGUUGUUGACAACUCGCGUUGAAGAGUCUGGAGAACAUGUUAUGCUUGGCACUGGAGAACUUUAUAUGGAUUGCGUGAUGCAUGAUAUGCGGAAGGUGUUUUCGGAAAUUGAUAUCAAAGUGGCUGACCCUGUUGUUUCGUUCUGUGAAACUGUUGUUGAAACAUCAUCCUUGAAAUGCUUCGCCGAAACGCCUAAUAAAAAAAAUAAAUUAACAAUGAUAGCCGAACCGCUGGAGAAAGGUCUUGCGGAGGACAUCGAAAACGAAGUAGUCCAAAUUGGAUGGAAUAGAAAACGUCUCGGUGAAUUUUUCCAGACAAAAUAUGAUUGGGAUUUGUUAGCAGCACGAAGCAUUUGGGCUUUUGGUCCAGAUACAACUGGGCCAAAUGUACUUCUCGAUGAUACUCUACCAUCUGAAGUUGAUAAACAAUUAUUGGGAACAGUUCGUGAAUCACUUGUACAAGGUUUUCAGUGGGCUACGCGUGAGGGACCACUGUGCGAAGAACCUAUACGCAAUGUUAAAUUCAAAAUGUUGGAUGCAGUAAUUGCAAGUGAACCGUUAUACCGUGGUGGUGGUCAGAUCAUUCCAACUGCUCGUCGAUGCGCAUACUCUGCUUUCCUGAUGGCUACGCCUCGCUUAAUGGAACCGUAUUAUUUUGUGGAAGUAACAGCACCAGCAGAUUGUGUUAGCUCGGUGUAUACAGUAUUGGCAAAACGACGUGGUCACGUGACUACCGAUGCGCCUAUUCCUGGAUCACCGCUUUAUACAAUCAAAGCUUACAUACCUGUCAUUGAUUCGUUUGGUUUUGAAACUGAUUUAAGGACUCAUACUCAAGGACAGGCAUUUUGUUUAGCAGUUUUCAGUCAUUGGCAGAUAGUGCCAGGUGAUCCGCUGGAUAAAAGUAUCGUGAUAAGGCCUUUAGAACUCCAGCCUGCUCCUCAUCUAGCUCGUGAAUUUAUGAUAAAAACCAGGCGUCGAAAAGGUCUCAGCGAGGAUGUUUCAGUGAACAAAUUCUUCGACGAUCCUAUGCUUUUGGAAUUGGCGAAACAACAAGAUGUCUUCAGCUACAGCAACUUUUAA